CAAAGACACAACAAAGAACCAGCAUUUCUCCAAGAAAUGGAUGAUAAAGAAGCCGACGGGGUCACCGACAUGGAGCGAUUCACCAUCGCCGCCUCCGGCGCAGACUGGGCGGAAUUGACUCAUGAGUGCCUCAUCAAUAUCCUCUCCCGCCUUCCUUUGGAGGAUCGAUGGCGAUGCGUCAUGUUUGUAUGUAAGUCAUGGCACCACGCCUGCAAGGAUCCCUGCCUCAAUUCGGUGCUUGAUCUCGAAUCUCACUUCCAGUCCGCGUCGGACAUGCCUCGCUUCUGGACUCCAGAAUUCGAGCGCAGGAUCGAUAGUAUGGUCGCAUCCGUCGUCGCCUGGAGUGCCGGCUCCCUCACGGAAAUCCGCGUCAGGCACUGCUCGGAUCGAUCGCUGUCGUUGGUUGCUCAGAGUGCCCCAAAUCUUCAAGCUCUUUCGAUCAGGCAUUGUCCCCAUGUAACUGAUGCAACCAUGGCUGCAAUAGCAUCUGGAUGCCCAAAGAUUAAGGAGCUUGAUCUCAGCUCCUGCUAUGAAAUAUCCCACAAAUCUUUGGCGACCUUAGGAACUAAUUGUCCUAACAUUUCUACGCUGAAGCGCAACUUCCUGAGUCCUUCCCAACAUGUCGGAAUUGUUCCAUCAGAAUAUCUGAAUGCGUGUCCUCAGGAUGGAGAUUCAGAAGCUGCCGCCAUCUCAAAAUUCAUGCCCGGUCUUCUCCAUCUUGAACUCCAAUUCUCCAAGUUAACUGCAAAAGGCCUUAUUAUGAUCUCUGAAGGGUGCCCGAAAUUGGAGUAUUUGGAUUUAUCAGGAUGUGCGAAUGUGACCAGUCGCGAUAUUGCCAACGCAGCAUUGAAUCUGAAUAACUUGCUAACUUUCAAGAAACCCAACUUCUACAUCCCGAGGUCUGUUUAUCAUACUGAAAGAUACGGGCAUUGGCAAUUGUACGACCAGCGGUUCCAAACAGAUGUAUUCAGAAUCUGAUACGGCACCACUCAAUUCCAAGACAUAUGUAUCAUAAUUGUUUCAAUGCCAAGAUACCGCGUAAGUUUAAGUUCAAAUUUACUACUGCUGUGAUAUAUUGCUGCCAUAUUGCUGCAUCACUUUACAUACAUAUUUGUAGUUCUUUUAGUGAAGAACCUUAUUAGAGUUGGAUGUUCAGGUUAUGCAUGCUGUAACUCAUAUGUAUAGUAAUAUAAUAAUUCGAUUUGAUUGACAGAUAUUUCCUAUUUAA